CGAGCCUGUCCUCCGGGCAUAUCUCGUACGAGAAUAGUUGACUGGCUGGCUAAGGCGGCUCCUUCAGCGUCAAAAAAUGACAACGCCCUAUCCUGACAGUCUUGGCGUUGAAGACGGCCCUCGCGCCUCUCGCAACGUCGUGCUGGAGAUCCUCGAGAGACUAUGGGAACUGAUUCCCUCGCCAGGCUCUUCCGACGCUUCCUCUCGCGAGACGCAAUGCCGCCUCCCCAAGACAACGCGGGCCCGGCGACGAGAGUCAAUCGCUGAGACGUCGCUCGACAAGGACGAAGCCCUCGUCGAAAAGGUCCCCUUCUCAUCCUUCGCCGCCGUCGCUAUUGCCCAACCCGACGAAAUCGUCUCCCCUGAAAAGAGCGUCCUAUACCUGGCCUACGGGUCCAACUUAGCUGCGGAGACUUUCCUAGGUAAACGAGGGAUCAAACCGCUCUCGCAGAUCAAUGUCGUCGUGCCGGACUUGAGAUUAACAUUCGAUCUGCCCGGUCUGCCGUACGUCGAGCCUUGCUUUGCGGCAACGCGAUAUCGCCAUACGGUCCCCGAUGAAUGGGACGAGGAGGCUACCGGCAAUAAUGAGAUCAACCUUGAAACCGCGGAGAAGACGCCUCUCUCCUCGCAUCGAGAGUCGCCGGCCGACAGACCCUUGGUCGGUGUCGUGUAUGAGGUCACCGUGUCCGACUACGCGCGCAUCAUAGCCACGGAGGGCGGAGGUGGCGGAUAUCAGGACAUCGUGGUCGACUGUUACCCUUUCGCCGACCCUUACAACCCGGCCGACCCGGUCCCCGACACGCCCGCUACCACCCCGUUCAAGGCCCACACCCUUCUUGCACCGGUCGAAGAGGGCGAGGGUCAUGCUCGGCGUCUCCUGUCCCGAGUCUGGAGACCGUUCCUCUCGCGAUCGAACCCUCUGGUCCGCCCUCAUCCUCUGGGCUACGCGCAACCGUCUCCUCGGUACCUCAACCUCAUCGUCACGGGUGCCGCCGAGCAUAACCUUCCCGUCUCCUACCAGAGCUAUCUGUCUCAGAUUCAACCAUACCGGGCGACGACCACUCGCCAGCAGAUCGGCAAGGUCGUAUUCCUGGUGGUGUGGGGUCCGUUUCUGCUUCUGACCGUCGCUCUGUCGAAGACGAUGGGCGGCCCCGAUGGUCGCAGCCCGCCGUGGGUGAUCAAAUUGGCCGAUCUUAUAGUCUUCACAAUGUGGAGUUCCUAUGACUUGGCCUUUGCGAGGGUGUUUGGGGACGGCGAAAGGACUGUCAAAAGGUAGGUCCGGGUUGAGGUGUCUCACAUCGCUCGAAGGUCUCGCGGGGGCCCAGGGCACAAGAAAUAGCUUGCGCUUUAUACCAAAACAAACGCGAAUAGUCAGUACAUUAGGCCCAAUAAAUACAUAUAUCACCACAUCCAACAUCCACAUCGCAUGCUCUAUAUCAAAAGAAUUUGGCUUUUGUAGAUCGCGAGAACACUCCCCAUCGCACCACGGGCGCCAAGUCCUACCACCGAGAAAGCAGGCACGGCAACAAAGGAGAUAAGUGACAUUGGAUCUUCAAACAAGGUUUUAAAGGAGAAUAAAUAUCUAAGAUACAGAUACAGGUGUCCUGAAUAACAUCUAACAAAACAAGUAGACCAUCGAACAUAAAGAAAAAAGGGGGGGUGUGGCGGACGAAAGGACGGCGACAGAA